AUGGCGGCGUACGGAGCUGUAACCUUCCUGCUCAGCAAGAUGGAAUCCCUCGUCUCCCGAGAGUACGGCCUGCUGGCCGGAAUCGACCGGGCCGUGGAAGAUCUCCGCCGCGAGUUCCAGACCAUCCAGGCCUUCCUCAAAGAGGCCGACGCCAGGGGCGAGACCAACGAGCAAGUCCGCGUCUGGGUCGCCCAAGUCCGCGACCUCGCCUACGACAUCGAAGACGCCCUCGACAUGUUCACCUUCCACACCGCCUCCCGCUUCCAGCUCUACCCGGAGUUCCUCCAGAUCAAGAAGCGACACUCCGUCGCCGUCGUGAUCGAGGGCAUCAACGCCAAGCUCGCCACCGUCCGUCAGAUUAGGGAGCGCUACCGACAGCUCGGACCCUCCCAGGCCCCGCACCUCGCCACCGUGGAGAGCUUCACCACCCAUUUUAAUCGGGUGGCUCCCCUGUUCGAAACAGAGCCGCUCGGGAUCGAGCGGUCCCUGGCCGAGCUGACGGCCUGGACCAAGUUCGGCGAGCCCAGGCUAAAGGUUCGGUUCGUUGUGGGAAUGGGCGGGUUGGGGAAGACCCUAUUGGCGAAGCAAGUGUAUGAAUCGACCAAGAGAGAGUUCGACUGCUGGGGUUGGAUUCAGGUUUCCAGGUCGCAGAGCAAAGAGCAGGCGCUUUGGACGAUGCUGAAGCGGCUGUUCGAGUCGAGGAACCUGCCGAUUCCCCCCGAAUUCCACACGAUCAACCUUGUCCAAUUGAUGGAGAAAUUGGCCCUGUUUCUCAGGGACAGGAAUUAUGUUCUCGUCUUCGACGAUCUGUGGAGCAGAGACCUCUGGGAAUCGAUCAAAUGCGCUCUGCCUACCGAGAAUCAUUCCAGGAUCAUGAUCACCUCGAGGCGCGGCGACAUUGCCCAUUUCUGCAGCUACGAUCAGUCGACUGCCGUGCACAGUCUGCAGCCGUUGACCUCGUCGAAAUCUCAGGAGCUAUUUUUCAAGAAGGCUUUUCCGUCAACAGGGGAGUGUCCGUCAGGAUUGCUGGACUGGGCGAGGAAAUUCCUGACGCAGUGCGAAGGAUGGCCUCUAGGGAUCGUGACGAUCGGGAAAGUUGUGUCGAAAAUCGAUCAGACCGCCGACGCCUGGAGGCAGCUCCACGACAGCCUGGGAUCGGAGAUGGAGAACGUCGGCAGGCUUUCGAGCAUUACCAGGGUGCUCUCUGCGAGCUACUCCGAUCUGCCUUACUACUUGAAGUACUGUGUGCUCUACUUCAGCGUUUUUCCUGAGCAUUACUCGAUUCAGAGGAGGAGGUUGAUUCGGAUGUGGAUUUCCGAAGGUCUGGUGAAGGAAGAGAUCGGGAAGACUCCUGAAGAAGUCGGGUACAAUUACCUGGAAGAGCUUAUACAGAGGAAUCUCGUCCUGGUGAACGAUAUCGACUUCGACGGCCGGCCCAAAACUUGUCGCGUUCAUCGCCUCCUCCACAAGAUCAUCGUUUCCAUUUCUCAGGAGGAGAAUUUCUGCCGGGUCUUCUCUACAGGGUCGUCGGAAGCAGGGGUGAACGAGAAAGUCCGCCGAUUGUCCAUCCGCCGAAGCAGAGCGAGCUUAAAAGGGACGAGCUUUCCUUGCGCUAGAUCGUUCUUCGUGUUCGGAUUGGAAGAUUUGUCAUACUCGAGAUCGCAAUCGAUACUCUCGAGCUUCAGCAUUUUGAAAGUUCUUGAUCUGGAAGGAGCUCCUCUGGAUAAAUUCCCAACUGCGAUUCUCAAUUUGAUCCUCCUCAGGUACUUGAGCUUGAGGAAUACAAGCAUCAGGAGACUUCCCAGGUCGAUUGCCAAGCUUCAGAAUCUGGAAACCCUCGAUCUGAAGCAGACAUUCGUGACCUCGGUCCCCGGGAAGAUCUUCAGGCUCAGGAAACUGAGGCACUUGCUGAUUUAUCACUACAGCAUAAGGAUUCACGUCUCCAUCGACAGCGUCCAAGGGUUCAGAGCUUCUGCGAGCAUAGCCAAGUUGGUAUGUUUACAAAAGCUCAUGUGCGUGAAGGCAAACAGAGACAUCAAGAUGUUGGUGGCCCUGAAAAACCUGACGAAUCUGAAAAAAUUGGGGAUCGUCGAGCUGAGAGAAGACGACGGGAGGCAUCUUUGUUACUCAAUUGAAGAGAUGCAGAGCCUGCAAACGCUAGACGUGGCCGCUGCGAGAGACGAGGUGUUGGAUAUGAACGCGCUACGCGACCCGCCGAAGCUGCUUCAGCGGCUGUAUCUGAAGGGGAAGCUACAAAAGGUUCCAGUUUGGAUUCCGUCGUUGCACGACCUGGUGAGGAUCGGGCUGAGAUGGUCGAAGCUGGAAGAGAACCCGCUCGAGGUCCUCGAGGAUCUGCCCAAUUUGAUAGAGAUUCAGCUGGUGGAUGCUUACAAAGGGAAGCAGCUAGUUUUCAGUUCUGGCAAGUUUCAGAAUCUGAAGGUGCUGGAAGUGGAGGACCUCGAGUUCCUCGAGCAGGUAGUGAUUGAGAGCAGGAGCAUGUGGAGGCUGCAGAGUCUGGUGAUAAGGAGAUGUAAAGCGAUGGAGCAGGUACCUGAAGGGAUUGAUAGGUUGAGCAAACUCAAGGAGCUGCAGCUUUAUGAUAUGGCGGAGAGUCUUGUGAACCAGAUUCAGGGGGAUGGGACUUCCCGCCCGCUUGUGGAUCACAUUCCUUUCAUCUGUGCCUACAGCUUGGAGAGUGCUGGAUAUUGGCGGCCCAGGGUGCUUUCUCAGGGAUGA